CGUCACUUUCGCGCCAAAAGUUGUCAUCGGGGCAGACGAGGCGGCGGCCGCUUGACUAUUUUCCACAUUUUUCGCCAUGGACGUCGCCGAGGCCAACGCUGCUCAGACCGCCGUGAAGGACGAGGUCGGGGAGCGCUGCCAGAAGCUAUUUCAAGACUUCCUGGAGGAGUUCCAGGAGGAGGGCGAGGUCAAGUACCUGGAGGAGGCGCGUGACCUGGUCAAGCCGGAGAGGAACACGCUGGAGGUCUCCUUUGUGGACAUUGACAAGUUCAGCCAAAACCUCGCCACCAUCAUUGUUGAGGAGUUUUACAGAGUGUACCCCUUCCUGUGCCGUGCCGUGCGUAACUUUGUGCGGGACCAUGCGGAGGUGUCGGUGGAGAAGGAGUACUACCUCAGCGUGGUGGAUGUGCCCACGCGACACAAGGUGCGGGAGCUCACCACGCAGAAGGUCGGCACACUCAUCCGCAUAUCAGGACAGGUUGUGCGCACUCACCCCGUCCACCCAGAGCUUGUCUCGGCUACCUUCAUCUGCAUGGACUGCCAGACGGUGAUCACCAAGGUAGAGCAGCAGUUCAAGUACACGCAGCCCACCAUCUGCCGGAACCCCAUCUGCAACAACCGCAAAAACUUCCUCCUCGACACCAACAAGAGUCGCUUCGUCGACUUCCAGAAAGUGCGCAUCCAGGAGAUUCAGGCUGAGCUGCCGCGCGGAUGCAUCCCUCGCAGUGUGGAGGUGGUGUUGCGGGCGGAGGCAGUGGACCAGGCACAGGCCGGCGACCGCUGCGACUUCACCGGCACCCUUAUCGUGGUGCCGGAUGUGUCAGUGCUCAACCUCCCAGGCGCCAGGGCCGAGAACUCCGCCAGGCAUAAGGGUGAAGACAGUGAGGGGGUGACUGGCCUCAAGGCUCUGGGUGUAAGGGACCUCAACUACCGCCUGGCCUUCCUGGGCUGCUCCGUCACCCAGACCAACCCUAAGUUUGGAGGGAAGGAGGUGCGCGGGGAGGAGGUGACGGCCGAGAGCAUCAAGCGCCAGAUGACGGAACUGGAGUGGAACAAAGUGUACGAGAUGUCCCGGGACAAGAACCUUUACCAGAACCUCAUCACCUCCCUCUUCCCCACCAUCCACGGCAACGAUGAGGUCAAGCGAGGUAUCUUGCUCAUGCUGUUCGGAGGGGUGCCCAAGACCACUCAGGAGGGCACCAGCCUGCGAGGGGACAUCAACGUGUGCGUCGUGGGUGACCCGUCCACCGCCAAGUCACAAUUCCUCAAGCAGGUGUCGGACUUCACCCCACGUGCCAUCUACACCUCUGGCAAGGCAUCGUCAGCGGCAGGUCUCACGGCGGCUGUGGUGCGCGACGAGGAGUCCCACGAGUUCGUCAUUGAGGCGGGUGCUCUCAUGCUGGCGGACAACGGCGUGUGUUGCAUCGACGAGUUUGACAAGAUGGAUCAGAGGGACCAGGUGGCGAUUCACGAGGCUAUGGAACAGCAGACUAUUUCCAUCACUAAGGCUGGAGUGAAGGCAACCCUCAACGCACGCACCUCCAUCCUUGCCGCAGCCAACCCCAUCGGCGGCCGCUACGACCGUGCGAAGUCGCUGCGCCAAAACAUUGCUCUCUCCGCACCCAUCAUGUCCCGCUUUGACCUGUUCUUCAUCCUGGUGGACGAGUGUAAUGAGGUUACAGACUACGCCAUUGCGCGGCGCAUCGUGGACCUCCACUGUCGUAACGAGGCCAGCGUGGACCGCACAUACUCCCUGGAGGAGGUGCAGCGAUACAUCUUAUUCGCCAGGCAGUUCAGGCCCAAGAUGAAUAAGGAGGCGACUGAGUACCUGGUGGAGCAGUACCGCACCCUAAGGCAGAGGGACAGCGUGGGGGUGGCGCGGUCCUCAUGGCGAGUCACCGUGCGUCAGCUGGAGUCCAUGAUCAGGCUGUCCGAGGGGAUGGCCAGGAUGCACUGCUCCGACCAGGUCGCCCCAAAACACGUCAAGGAGGCGUUCCGUUUGCUGAACAAGUCCAUCAUCCGCGUGGAGCAGCCGGACGUCCACCUGGAUGGCGAGGAAGGCCAGGAGGAAGAGGGGGAGGAGGAGGUUCCCAUGGAGACGGAUGAGAACACUGACCCCAAUGCAGGAGUGAAUGGUGUCGCAACCCCUGCCUCGCAAGAAAAGGACCCCAAGGAACGUUCCACCACCAAGACGCUUUCCUACGAGACAUACCGAAACAUGACCAACCUCCUCAUGAUGCACAUGCGGCGGGAGGAGAUGAGCACUGAGUCCCAGGAGGGCGAGGAAGGGUCCGAGAGCGCUGGACUGAGGCGGUCGGCCAUCGUCAACUGGUACCUGUCAGAGAUGAGCGGCGAACUGGAGUCUGAGGCGGAGUUGGUGGAGCAGAAGGUCCUGGUGGAGAAAGUGCUGGACCGCCUCACCUAUCAUGACCAGGUGAUCGUGCCCCUCACACACACGGGGCUCAAGGGCUCCUCCUCUGGGACCCUGGACGAGGCAGACCCGCUCCUGGUGGUCCAUCCCAACUACAUUCUGGACUCGUAGGCCUCCAGCAGCUGCAGUGGGUGGGUUGGGUGGGCAUGCAACCUUUGAAAAAUUGAAUGCAAUUGAAAUGUGUUCUGUUAGCUUUGAUAGAGUGGGAAAUAGCUCCUAAGGAUUAAUUUCACAGAAGUAUUUCUUAUUGGGGUUAGUUAACAUCUCAUUAGGUUAUUGUUUUCUCCUCAUGAUAGAAGAAAUUACUGUUACUGUGAAACUGUAGCAUUUCUGAUAGCACAAGUUAUAACGUUUGUACAAAUUUGGGGGAAAGUUCCACAGCCGUGUGUGUGUGUGUGUGUGUGUGUGUGUGCUGCCUGGAAUAUCACUUGGUGUGUUCCAGGACACGUUCACUGUGUACAAGGAUUCAGGAUAAGCGAGAAAUAAUGUGCCUUGCCUGGCCUUACAUAAAGUAACCCAGUAUUUUUAUGACUAUUAAUUAAAGCAAUACUUAGCAUUUCUACAAAUGGUUAUAUUUUGUUUUUUACUGAAAAUAUUAAAAAAAUUACAAGCAA